CCCAACAAUAUAAAAUCCCGUCUUUUUUUCACUGUCUCUCACACUCUCUCUCUUCACCCGCUACUAUUUUCUUUCGCCAGUCACACACCACUACAUGGCCCACUCCAAGGCACUUCCGUGCGACUCCGACGGUGCCUGCUGCCCCUGUUCAAGCAUCGGCUCCCGCCGUUGCCGGAAACUCCGACAGCUUAGUGGCGGCGAUCCGGGCGAUUCAGGGAGACACCUCACUCACUGACGAGGAGAAGGCAAAGAAGAGACAGGAGCUCGUUUCUCGCUCCUCGAAGCCACUCGCAGCAGCGGAGAAUGGCAAAGCAGAGAAGGACAUCUUCGAUGGGAGUCUGAACUGCUCAAUCUGCAUGCAGUUGCCGGAGAGACCCGUCACGACGCCGUGUGGUCACAACUUUUGUUUGAAGUGCUUCCAGAAGUGGAUUGGGCAGGCAAAGCGGACCUGUGCGAACUGUCGCAGUCAGAUCCCACCUAAGAUGGCCGAAAACCCUCGGAUUAAUGACCAGCUGGCCAUUGCGAUCCGUUUGGCGAGGCAAAUGAAGGCCACGGGGAUGGUGGGUGCGGUAGCGCAGCCCAAGGUGUAUGUUUCUCGAAAAAACGACGAGCUUCCAGACACUUGCUUCACCACUGAGCGGGCGAAGAAGACUGGCAAGGCCAACGCGUGCAGUGGUAAGAUUUUUGUGACGAUCCCUUCGGAUUUUUUGGGUCCAAUCACUGCUGAGUAUGAUCCCAGGAACAAUCGUGGGGUUCUUGUUGGGGAUACUUGGGAAGACAGAAUGGAUUGCAGGCAGUGGGGCGCCCAUUUCCCUCAUGUUGCGGGCAUUGCUGGUCAAAAGGGUUUUGGUGCUCAGUCUGUAGCUCUUUCAGGUGGCUAUGUUGAUGACGAGGAUCAUGGAGAGUGGUUCCUCUACACUGGAAGUGGUGGAAAGGACCUUAGUGGCAACAAACGCACUAACAAAACACAUUCAUUUGACCAGAAGUUUGACAACAUGAAUGAGGCCCUCAGAGUGAGUUGCCAACAAGGUUAUCCUGUUAGGGUUGUGAGGUCCCACAAGGAAAAACGAUCUGCUUAUGCACCCCAAUUCGGAGUGAGGUAUGAUGGAGUUUAUCGAAUAGAGAAAUGCUGGCGUAAGAAGGGAAUACAAGGUUGCUUGGUUUGCAGAUAUUUGUUUGUUAGAUGUGACAAUGAACCAGCUCCAUGGACAAGUGAUGAACAUGGAGACCGUCCACGCCCACUUCCAGUGGUUAAAGAGUUGAAGGGGGCAAUUGAUGUAACUGAAAGGAAGAAAGCUGCAGCAUGGGAUUAUGAUGAGGAAAAGGAAUGCUGGAUGUGGAAGAGACCCCCACCACCAAGCAAGAAAAUGGAUGCUAUAAGGUGUGAAAAUGGGAUAUCAGAAAAGAUAAAAAUUGUACGAAAAGUCAAGACCAAGCCAGUGAGAGAUAGGCUUAUGAAAGAGUUUGCUUGCCUCUUGUGUCGCAAGGUGUUGAGCGUCCCUGUGACAACUCCUUGUGGCCACAACUUCUGCAAAUCCUGUUUGGAGGGUGCCUUUUCUGGCAAAAGUUUUAUCAGAAAGAGGGGAAGCGAAGGUGGGCGCACCUUGCGAGCACAGAAGAAUGUUAUGAAAUGCCCUUCAUGUUCAAUUGACAUAGCUGAAUUUCUUCAGAACCCAGAGGUUAACAGACACAUGAUGAGUGCGAUAGAAGCCCUCCUCCGCGAGGCUGAGAUGGAAGAGAGUUCUGAAGUGUCCAAUGACAAAAAUGAUGAAAAUAUAGAGACUGUGAAUGAUGAUGAUGGUACAGAAGUUUCAAAGCCUUGUGAUUCAGGUGAGAAUGUCCUAGAGGAGAUCAAGGACAAUGAUUUGAAUCAGCCACACAAGCGCAGAAAGGGUGCUGGUGAUUCAGCUAUUGUGAACACUGAGGAGCAAAUCAAUGUGGCAGGACUAGAGGACAAUGUAAUGACUUGCAGCACUUAAAAAGGUUUGGUGUUGGAUUGGAGCAAGCUAUUUUGAAAUUACAGACAUAGCUAUAUUUUUUUUGAUUGGAUGGGUAUAUAGCUACAUACAUACAUUAUUAGCAGAACCAAAGCUAUAUAACUUUUUGUUGAUGGCUAGCUCCUAGACUUUACUUUUAAUUUUUGAUUGUUUAAGCUCGUUUAGUCGAGUAAAAUUCCCCUGAUGUUGGGAUUUGUAGUUUUACUAUAGCCUAUAUAUAGCCUUGUAUGGAAUAUGGAUUGGUCAUUGGAGUAUGCUUUCAUUUUGCAACUC